GUGAAUGAAUUGACUUCAGCUCCCAAGGACCAGGGAAGGAGAGUUGGAGACCACUUAUUUUAUAAAUCGGUACAUUGCCCUCUACAUCUUAGUUCACAGUAAAAGCUGCCAGUUCUGUUGCGCCCUAUUUAAUGGUCACUACAGAAAUAAUGUAUUUUAAAUGGCGUGUUGAAGUGGACAGGCUCAAGGCAGGGCAGGUUUGCUCUCAGUCUGUUCUCUCUGAUAAGAUGUGUUUGUUUACCUUCUCAGUCUACCACUUGACUCUGUAACAGUCCCAUAUUUCCUGGUGUCCAUUCCAUUCACUCCAUCGCUGCGAGACAAUGAAGGAUACACACACCCUGCUCAAUCUGCUUCUGCUGCUAGUGUACCUAGCAGGAUCAGCUGUGACCACUGAUGGAGGGAAGGACAGUACCGAUGGUCCCUUGGAACUAACCAUUGUGGGACCUGACUUUGUGACUGUGGGCGUGCCAUGCAGUUUUGACUGUGCCGCCCAGUGCUCUCCUUCCUGUAGCUACAGAAUGAAUAUCGAUGGGCAGAUUGGACAAGGCAACGAGCUGUUCUUCACAGCUCGCCAAUGGGAAGAGUCCCUAAACCUCACAUGCACCGCAAGGAAUGAUGACUCUGGGAGGUCCUCUACAGUAUCUAAGAUACUGCAGGUUUUAGCUGGACCAACCAACAUAUCGAUCACAGGCCCUGACUUGAUGACCCCAGGGGCCCCACAAAGCUUCCAGUGUUACGCCGACUGCCGUCAGUCCUGCAACUACACCUGGGGGAUAAAUGGCCGAUGGCUCGGGGGACAGGGGAACGAGAUUACCGUAACUCCCGAAGAAUUGGCCACCUCUGUUACCCUGAACUGCAAGGCCAUCAAUAAUGGUCCCUUGGAACUAACCAUUGUGGGACCUGACUUUGUGACUGUGGGCGUGCCAUGCAGUUUUGACUGUGCCGCCCAGUGCUCUCCUUCCUGUAGCUACAGAAUGAGUAUCGACGGGCAGAUUGGACAAGGCAACGAGCUGUUCUUCACAGCUCGCCAAUGGGAAGAGUCCCUAAACCUUACAUGCACCGCAAGGAAUAAUGACUCUGGGAGGUCCUCUACAGUAUCUAAGAUACUGCAGGUUUUAGAUGAUGGAAAAUCCAUGGCCACACAGGCUGAACAGACUAUAGACCUGCUUCUGUUCACAUUCACACUCUCACUCUACACCGUAAUAUCAACAUAAUCCAGGAAAAGGUGGUUUUAUACAAGGAAGUGAUCUGUUCUCCACAUGCAUAUCUGAAUCAUUUGAAAACAUGUCAUCAUUAUUACAGACAGUGAUGGAACAUGUGGUUUAUUGGUAAAGAACAAAGAACAAACAGUGCCUCUCAUAUCAGGAUGUUAACGAUAUUUGCUGAUGAUAAGUGAAGUGGAAAGGCUUGGCUGAAUCUUUCACUAUCAAAGCACUACGUGUGUUUGUGCAAGUAUCAUCACGUGUAUAGCAUAUUUGGAUUAAAUAUUUAAUAAAGACACAUAUACAUUAA